UCUUUUUUUUUUUUUUCUUUUUUGGACUCAGUAGAGGGGGAACGCUUUCCUCAUAACACCAGACAGGCUUUCUGCUUUGCAGUCUACUGUCAAUGUGUACCACUGAUAAAAAAACAUCUGAGAGCAUUUUAAAGGAUUUAUCAGUCUAAAGCACCGGUGAGUUAUAUGCUGUCUCCUGUGUCAAACUUAGGAGGCUUUCAGCAAAGCACAAUAUCUGUACGCAGUGCAAGUCAGAGGCUACAGCUGCUGGAAGCUCUUGCAAGCCAUAAACCAGCGGACUCUGAUUUCCUUGAAUGCUGUAAAUUAUCCCUGAAGGAAUGGACAACUCCAACAAAAAACCACACACAAGUUUUCUGAGAAGAUAGCAAAGGAAUUAGAAAAAACAGCUUGACUUGCAGAUUCUCACCUGACCCGUGAGUGACUCUCUGCUAAUGCAACACUAAAUUAAGACACCUUUGUACAUUAGAUGCCAGGAUGUUUGUGUUGCUGUACGUUACAAGUUUUGCCAUCUAUACAAGUGAGCAACCACUUCAAAGCCAGCUGAAAGGAGAAAAUUACUACACCAGAUACAUAUGUAGCAUCCCUGGUUUGCCAGGCCCUGCAGGUCCCCCUGGAGCCAGCGGGUCCCCGGGGCCACAUGGACGCAUUGGUCUUCCAGGAAGAGAUGGUAGAGAUGGCAGGAAGGGAGAAAAAGGUGAAAAAGGGAGUGCAGGUUUAAGAGGAAAGACUGGGCCAUUAGGACCAACUGGAGAGAAAGGAGACCAAGGUCAGUCUGGUAAAAAAGGACCUGGAGGACUGACUGGUGCCAAAGGUGAAGUAGGUCCAGCUGGACCACCUGGACCUAAGGGAGAUAAAGGAGACCGAGGAGAGCGUGGUGCACCGGGGGUCUGUAAGUGUGGAAAGAUAGUGCUGAAAUCUGCCUUUUCUGUUGGCAUCACCACGAGCUACCCAGAGGAAAAGAUUACCAUUGUAUUCAAUAAAGUCCUCUUCAAUGAGGGGGAGCAUUACAACCCUUCUACAGAGUUCAUUUGUGCCAUCCCAGGGAUUUAUUAUUCUUAUGAUAUCACCUUAGCAAACAAGCAUCUUGCGAUUGGGCGACACAAUGGGAAGUACAGGAUAAAGACAUUUGAUGCAAACACAGGCAACCAUGACGUAGCUUCUGGAUCUACGGUGAUCUACCUUCAGCCAGAAGAUGAAGUAUGGCUCGAGAUCUUCUACACUGAUCAAAAUGGUCUCUUUUCUGAUCCAACGUGGGCAGACAGUUGUUUUCUGGAUUUUCUAUACGUUGACACAGAUUACCUUGAUGCUUUAUCAGAUGAAGAUGAGCUCUGAAGCAGAUGAUAACAAAUGACAUUCAAACUGGACACCCCAGCACUGGAUUUUAUCCAGUGUGUGUGGGAAAACAUGAAGUUUGAAAGAAAAAAAUAAAAAAUCUGGGAGUUUAUUCUUGCUGUAUAGGAACCAGAUCUGAGCUUGUAAGGAUGUUUCUAGAACCUAAGCUGGAUUUUAACUGAACAGCAGGAUUAUCAAAAGGAACUGUAACUAACAGAAGACUGCUUCACUCCAGGACUGACUCUUCCUGAAAGUUCUGUUUAUAAUACUAUUUAAACAAAUUUAAGAUACUGUACAUUGGAUUUUAUAUAAAAUAUAUUAAGUUGCAAUAUAGAAUGGAUAUUUUGUAUAUGAUAUUAAAAUAAAAUUGAACAACUGACCACAA